ACUAAGUGCGUUAGUGCAUAGAAAAUCAAUCGUAACUAUUAGCUGGACGUUGAGAAUUUUAGUUCCACGUGUAAGCAAUUUCAGAGGAUAUGUUCAAAGAUAUGAGCAUCUUUCUCAUUAACGGAUUCUUCUUACUGGGCUUUGUCGUAGCCUCAGUACCAAAUGUUUUCGUGGAUUCAUCGGAAUCCGCGGAAAUAAUGGACCAGGAUCCGCUUCCGAAUCCGUGCAGCUACAGCAACGUUAACUCGAUACUGGAAGCGCAAUGUUCCAAACUGAAAUUACGCAAAAUCCCGUUAAAUUUGAACGUAGACAUACAGAUGCUCAAUCUUAUUGGGAAUUAUUUGAAAGAACUGACAAAGGACAGUCUGCAUCCUUACAAGAAACUGGCCUACAUCUAUCUAGGUGACAAUUCCAUUACUGAACUUGACGAGGAAGCUUUCGCCAAUCAGCCUUACCUGAAGCUGCUGGAUCUCAGGUUGAAUGAUUGCGACACUCUGUCCAAGAGUCUUUUCCAAUUGCCGUAUCUUCACACGCUCUACCUCGGCUACAACCAUCUUAACGAUUCCGUGUUCAAGGUGAAGGUCACCUCGCCUCUCAGACUGUUGCAGCUGACCGAGAACAAGCUAACUACGAUCCCGAAUAUAGGCGUCCAGCCAACCCUCCUUAAUCUUAACGUGUCCUACAACAAAAUUACCUCGAUCAGCACCGAGGAUCUGGCGCCGUUCUGCUCGCUGAAGGAGCUUGAUCUGACUGGGAAUAGCAUAAGUUUUAAAGCAGGCAGCUACGAUUGUCAGAGAUUCAUCGCCUGGGUGAAGCUGCGGCAGAUCAAGAUAAAGCCUGACGAUCUUUACAAUUGCACCGAAACAGCACUGAAUGAGUACUGCGCCAACGUGAGAUUCAGCAAUCGGACGUAUGAGCUGUACAACGAGUGCUUGGAAUUGUCGAAACGUUUGAAAAUUGAAUAAAGAGUAAAUUUGUUGUGCGCACUGAUUUCUGUAUGUAUAAUAUAUAAUUUUCAAUCAUGAUUAACUAGCAAUCUCCUCUUAUUCUACAGAAACGCAUUACAACAAAAGAAAGAUUGCAGAAAUGAUCUUUUUAGAAACGCAUAAAGACUCCAUAAAUUUACAGAAAGACACAAACAAUUUAAAUUUAAUAUACGAUUCGAUUCUUAAUAUCAUAUACGCUUUCCCCGAAAUAAUAUACCUCUCUAAGUCACUGCUAUUGUUUUGGUACCAACACAGAGAAUUUAGUACGUAUUAAACUCUCGAUCGACACACAUCGUCUCUCGACUCACCACACGACUUAAUUUGACCGUACCUGUGUAAUAAAGUAAAGUUCUGUGGUGUAUAUAAAUUGACUAAUUUUUUCUAGGUAAUGUGACACAUUUUUAUCAUUUCGCUUUUAUAACUACUAUAGUGUCUACUCUUUAUU